CAGCCUCUCUCUGCAGGGAUGGGGACAGUCCAAGCAUCAGCCCUGUCAGGGAGAGCGCUGGAGGGCGUGGCAAAUGCAGCCCACUGGUAUCCUGCCUCCAUCGAGGUCCUGCAAGGACAGGGACAGGAGACAGGAGAGACCUUGGAGACACCAUCACCUUUUCCUAGCACAGUGCUAACCUCACAUCAGCCAAGGGAAGCUUCUGACUUUGGUCCAGCAACUACUGCCAUUCCUCAGACAAGCCUGGAGAAAAACUUGACUUCUGCAACACUCAGUACCACUGGGGCCCACACUACAGAGGUGGAGAAUGGCUUCAUCCCUACCACCCCCAUGGCGGGCUCCAAGGCAGAGAGACUGCAGGCUUCCACCACUGCCAGCCCUGGGGACAUCACAGUUACACAUCCUGAGCACCACAAUAUGAGCUUAUCAGUCAACAGCAGCACUGAAAUCCCCUCCCCUACACUGACUGCCAGCACUCUGGAAGAAAACCAGCCCAGCCACGAAGCCACAGAGCCUUUCAGCACAACUGAAGAAACGGAUGAGGCCGCCAGUGCAACCCCCUCACUUCCUCUGAACACUGUGCCGGCAACAACUAACAGCUCUCAGCUGGGGCCUUCUGAUGAGCAGACCGUGGGGCCCACAGCAGCAAGGUCUGAAACCAGGCCAGGAACGAGCCCUGUGGGUGCCACAGAGGAGAGCACUGUAGAGCCCAGAACCUUCUCUGCUCCCAUCUCCACCGUACAGAGCGUGUCCUCUGCCACCGCCUCCAGGACUGCCACGGUGAGACCCCUCAUGACCAGCUCCACAUCUGCCAGCACAGCUGCCAUGCCCACCAGCACAUCUGCACGGGUGCAGUCAUCAGAGCCCAGACAUGAGAAAGCUUCUGUGUUGAAUGUUGGUGAUGAUGAAAAUUCAGAGCAACCCAGUUUGGCUGAUACAACAAGGGCUGAUCCCUUGGUAAUCACCGUGAUCUCCGUCUUCAUUGUCAUGGUGGGCAUCCUCGGCCUGGUGGGCUUCUUGAGGUACCGCCAGCACAACAACCGCAUGGAAUUCCGGCGCCUGCAGGACCUGCCCAUGGUCCCUCUCCUUCCAUCCAGGGUUUGAAUCAAGACAGCAAGUCUCAAGGUUGGGCACUAAAGAAGCUCUCUGCCUUCCCCUCACUCUGCAGGGGAAUGCUAAGAGGUUAAAUAGAGGGAGAAAGGAGAGCUCCAUCCAAACUUGUCCUGAAAUGACACUUUCCUAGCCUCUUCUCCUGUUUUCUGAUAUAUUUGCUUUGUGACUGUGACAAAGCAGAUUCUGUGCUUUGCUCCAAGGCGUUGUCUGUCUGUCUGUCUGUCUGCAUUUGACCCUUUGGGAAUGUAAAAAAAAUAUUAGGGUUUUAUAGGAUUAAUUAGCUCUGGGGAAGCUGCAACUAACACACUGUGCUUUCUGGGACAGAGGAGUAUGGGAGCUAGCAAGCAAGCUGAUGCUGUUUCAAGAGUGGAGGUUUCAACAGCCGGGGUUCUCCACAUCCCUGCAGCAGGCAGGCAGUUCCUGCACACACCUCUUCUCUCCAACUGCUGGAGCAGGAGGGAGAGUGGCAGUCCAAAUAUCCAGGAGCUGCCCAGGGACAGCAUUUAGGUGGAUUGCUGGGCAGAUGGCCACACUGUGACAGUGUGGAGAGAAGGCUGUGCUGCCUGCACAGCACUCUUCCAGGCUGGCACCGCAUUGCCAUCGUGCAGACAUCUCAUUAAAGCACUCUUCUCUGCUUCUAGGAUGACAUGAUGGAGGACACCCCUCUCUCACUCUACAGCUACUAGGCAACCAGGUUGUCCUCUGCCUGGCCAGCUGAACUUCCCUGAGGAAAAGGCCUUGAGGACUUGGUCCCAGAUGAUCUGCCAAGGAAUGAGGGGCUAUGAUUUGCACACAACUGAAAGAUCCUUUUCAGAUGGUUUUUCGUUUUAGACGUUUUAAAUAGUUCAGUGUUGAAGUUUCUAUGCUGCGAAUCAGAGCCCAAGUCUGGCCCUUUCCUCCAGGCUCUUCUCAAAAUAAUGCCCUGAAGAGCUGCCUCCUCCUCUUAGUGUGGUGACCAAUUAGCCAAGACAACCUUUGCCAUCACGUUCUGCAUGGAUCUUUUCUGUCCAUGUUGGUGGCUGCUGGUUUCAAAGGAGGUGGGCAAGUGAUCCAACAAGGGCUCUUAACACUGGUGGCGUCAGCACAGUGCUAACAAAGGAGACUGCUGUUUUCUGAGGGAGCCCAGGAUGUGGAAAUCAGUUCUCUUGGGCUCCCUCUUGUUCUGUAUUUUUAAGGUUGUUUGUUUGGGGUUUUUUUCUUGCACUUUUUUUGUUCCUGUUUCAGCUUUAGUCCCAGGAUUGGCACUGUCCAUCCUGAAACACCUACCAGGAGGAUAAUAGACUGCUCUGCUUCCCUGUCCCUCCUGUGCUAUGCAAGGUCAAAGCUCCUUUACCUUCUGAUAUUGGUCUUUGAGCCAGUCCGUGUCUUAUCACGAGGACAGAUCCUGGAUGUAGGUGCCUUCCUCCCGUUCCCUUUCUAGGUGUUAGGCUGAUUAGAUUCUGCACUUUUGCCUCAAAAUGUCACUGCUUUAGACUGCAUCCAAGGCUCUUGAGGCCCCUCAAGGAAACCCACAGACCAGAGCCUCUGAGUGUAAGUCCAAGGAUCUUUUGGUGCCCUCACCUUAGAAAGACCAGACUGUGUGUGACAUGACAGUCCUCAUGUAAUUACACUUGCUCCUGUUUCCUAGCUCACUUUUCUCUGCAGGUAAAUAGGAAUGCCUUCUCUAGAGUGUUUGACUUUUGACUAAGCCAGUUGCUCCCUCAGGAUACAGCAAGGGCUAGAGAUUAUCUGCCACAUUGCUCUUACAAGCCUCAGUUUCUCCUCUCCUUUUAGUAGCAACAUCACUGACCCCACAAAGGACAGAUACCAGGCCUCACUAGCAAAAGUACCUUUUUUUUUCACAGUGCUGUUAUUGCUUGUUGUAGCAGGAAGAGGGGAAUUUCCCCAUCAGCAGGGCCCAAAUUAUCUGCAAAGCCCAAAGAUGGAGCAGAACUGGCCUGGGUCAGAUAGAUGAACUGGGCAAGGCAGCAGUUCCUCCUCCCUGUGUUACUCCUUCCGAAGUGACUGACAAAUGGCUGCAGUGCAGUUUGGGUUCAGCUGUUGGCUUUGUAAGGAUGCCCAAUGACAUAGGGAAGAAGGGUUGGUUCUCUCCUACUGUGGCAUGAGAACUAAAGGGCAGUUGUCACAACUCCAAAGCUUUUUUAUCCAGCAUUGUCUGCACAGAGCCAUCUCCCUAGCUACAGACUUGUUUCCCCUGCCGGAGGGCAGGGUGCUACUGGUUUUCGGCACAAAGUUGGCAAGUUAGUCGUGGAAAAUAGAACACCAUCCUGGCUGGAACUGGUGCAGGCUGGCAUAGCUGGAAAGUGUCUCUGCACACAAUCAAAAGGGCAGGGGCUGGUUGUUCUGGUUUCCCACGCAUCGCUGUCCAGGGGAAAGGGGUGAGGAAGAAAACUCGCCCAACACCAAAGUGCGACUUUCUUUGUAAAAUAUGUUGAUAGUGGAUUUUUUUUUUCUGCAAUAAAGUUACAA